AUGGUCCUCACCCUGGAGCCGUUUUGCAAGUGGCGCGGCCCGCGUGCCAAAUUUCAGGGAGACAUGGCGACUGUCCGCUGGGAUCACAUCGAAUAUAUUGACUUGUUGAAUCCUGAAGAUUCUGCCGAUGACGCUGCAGCGCAGAUCUCCUCUUCUCCACAUGCUGAGGUUAUUGAUAUUCGUGACCAGCUCUCUUGUCUACAGCACCUUAUUCUGCCGUCUGGCCCUAUCCUUGUCUCUGCCACCACCGCCAAUGCGCUCUCCACUGCCCUACGAGAAAUUACCCACCUCCCUGCCACUCUCAGUCCAUCUGGCCACUCUCAGUACCCUGUUGGAACUCUGUCUUCGUGUGAGGAGAAUGUUCAAAUCACUCGGAAGAGAAUGCUUGACAUUCUCAUCCAUCACGAAGACGGUGCUGUCAUUGAGUUCCCGCAGACCAGCCGCACUGGCUGUGUGGGCCAUCUGUUCAAAUGUGAUCCUGAGAACUGGAUCACCCCAGUGGAGAACGUGGUUUAUGCGCAAGGAUCUCCGCGUGGACGUUCGGCCAAGGACCAGCCAGUGAAGUGCGAAGUUCUGCGUGAUGGUAAUGGGAUGAUGGUAUUGUGUCAGGAAAAGCAUUCUACAUGUCAAGGUCUCAAAAUCUGUCCUUGUGCCGAUGCAGCACUUCUUAAUUCAACGCACACAUCCGCCACCCGGGAAGACCUCAAAAAUCGGCUACGGCGUGACCGCGAGCAACAGCAAACGUUCGCUUCACCCAUGCGACUUGUGUUCGAAAAAACAUUGGGACGCAUUGCUGCCUAUCGGAAGUAUGGAUGUGGUGCAUCUAUCAACGAGCAUGCUGCAGGUUCAAGCUACCAAGCUGUAUCAGAUGAAGACUGGUUGGAGCAUCAACACCUGCGUGCUGCACAGGAGAAGGGACGGCGUGGAUACCAGUUGACCAUGAGGAGGUGUGAGGGUCGGUUGCUGUAUUUAUUUGACUAUGACGGAGAGCCAUUUGUACAGUGCGAGCACUAUUCCCGUCAAAACCGCACACACCUGCUCGACUACACAAUUCGCAAUGGGUCGUAUGACCUCGAGUACCUUGAGGCCGCUUUGACGGAUGACUAUGAGAGCAUUAGUCGUCUUGAAUAUGCAGCACAAGAAGAGGGAUAUGGGCCGCUGGCGGUAUGCAAUACUCUCGCAAACUUUACCUCAAACAGGGUGCACUGCCCAUGUGAGCACCGAGAUGAAGACGAGCAUCUUAUACCGCAGGAGAUGCUGCACUUGUCAUGCACAAGUAAGCUCCAAGUGUUUGAACCUCUGUCGGAGUUUCGAACGGCUUGCCCAUAUGUACUCUUGGUAUGUCAGGGGGAACAUACACACCCGAUACCACUCCCGACCAACACUCCUGCCCAUAUUCGGGCAGAGAUAUUCCAUAUGUUGGAAUCAGUAGGACAUGACUUACCAGAUAUGACGCCCCGACGAUUUCUUCGGCAUCCAGUAGUGUUGGCACGGGUCCACGAGCUUCUCCCACAUAUAUGCAAUCCAACAUUGAGCGACCUACACGUUUCCCUGGCAAACCGUGAGCAUCUGCGGUCAUACAUAAAAAAGGCGAAAGAGGAGCUGUUUCCGCAAGGAACAGGUUGGGAAGGGUUGAGGCACCUCAAAGCUGUCGAAGAUGCUACAUGCUCUCCUGAAGACACGUACAUUCGCUAUAUGGCCGAGUUGUCAGAAGAGGCCCUAAAUGCUGGGGAAGAGUUCAUCUCAGAGGACUUAGAAGGUCAGGACAGCAUGGAGCCCGAGGCGGCCUCCGACAAGAUGAGAAUCAUUAUUUGUAUGACAAAAGAGCAGAGUCGACGACUCAUCAAGGCGCAGUACCUUCAGAGCGAUAUUGCCUUCAAGCGUGUAGUGGGAUAUAAGGAAUUCGAGCUCGGAGGAUGGGAUGGUGAGAACAAAACAGCUAUUGUGUAUUGUCGUAUUUUGCUCACACGCGAGACGGCCGCGGCACACUGUUUCAUAUUUCACAAGAUUGAUGCUAUUGUGAAAGACGAUACGGGCUCUUCUCUUUGCUGGAGACAUCUGCAUGCCCGGUCCCUUGAUGAUUUCACAGGGAUCCUUCAGUGGACGGCUGAUCAGCAUCUUGGUCAGGCAAAAGGAUUGGGUUUGUAUCUACAACACCUGGCAUCACAGCUCCCACCAAGGUUGGACCUUCACGAGCCUCACCGGCAUGUCACAGAACUCUCUCUGUACGAGCAUCUUCACCGCAUUUUCAGACUCUGUGUCGUGCAUGUGUUUCGAAACAUCAAGUCAUGUGCGGUCUCGGAUGAGGUCAAGAAGAUGAUGCGAAGCUUGGUUUGCCUUGAGCAUGAUGAUUGGGAUGGGACUGUUGCAGAGAUUCGGAACCAGGGGGGUCGGGCGGCUGUCAACUGGAUUGAAGACAAGAUUCGUAGUCAUUUUGCAUUUGAGGGAAUUUGCUGGUCGAAAAGCAUGAUUCCAUUAGAAAUAUGGCAGGCGGGCGAGCGCAACAGCAAUCUAAUCGAGAGCCAGCAUGCAGAUGUGAAUCGGGAAGGUGUAGCAUGCAGUCUCGUUGGCGGCAUAGUUCGAGGCCAUCAUCUGGAUAUGCUGAAGUUGCGCACUCUCAAGGCUUUGGAAGAUGCUGGUGUUGAGCCGUCGUUCCAAUUUCGCGGCAGUGCCGAAAAGGCAUACAAGUCAUUGAAAACACAACAGGCAGCACGACGAAAGGGCCACUUAACCCAUGACUCCAAAAUCACCGCAGCUAAUACUGCAUUGAGAAGAAGGACAAAAACUAUGCUUGCUGCCCAGCGACGGCUUGAUAGCACCAGCCAGUCCCACGCAAGUACUCACCUGAUGACACGGAAAGAGAAUGGUGCCAACACCAUGGAAACUGCCCGUCACACAUUACUUGCUGCAGAAUCUGCACACCAGCGAGCCGUGGAAGUCUCUACUGUACUGGCAUGGAAUGUCAUAGAUUGA